UCAGGAAGUUAUUUAAAGAAAACAGCCGACACGCUGCGUUGUUUUCCUAUUUUUUUUCCCAGCAGACACUGGAUGGAAGUUAGCACUAUGGAAGAGUAACUCAGGGAUAUUGUGUCUUUAUGCGUGUGAGCAAAAUUACAAUGUAUUUAUUCAUCCGGAUACAUUUCCUCCUCCUGCUUAUUCACACACUGGCGGCUGGAGUUGCUGGAAGAACAGAGAGGAAAAAUGUCCUUUUCAUCAUGGCAGACGAUUUACGGACGUCGCUGGGUUGCUAUGGCGACACUCUGGUAAAAUCACCAAACAUUGACCAGCUGGCAUCCAAAAGCCACGUUUUUCUAAAUGCAUAUGCACAGCAAGCUGUGUGUGCUCCCAGUCGGAUAUCCAUGUUAACCAGCCGCAGACCAGACACCACCAGACUCUACGACUUCAACUCCUACUGGAGAGUCCAUUCUGGGAACUACACAACUCUGCCACAGUACUUUAAAUCUAAAGGGUACUUCACCAUGUCUGUGGGCAAAGUGUUUCAUCCAGGUAUUGCCUCUAACCACACCGAUGAUUAUCCCUACAGUUGGUCCAUCCCUGCUUAUCAUCCAGCUUCAUACAGAUUUGAGAAAGAAAAGAUGUGUAGAGGAGAGGAUGGUAAACUUCAUGUCAACCUGCUGUGUGCGGUGAACGUGACGGAGCAGCCAGGAGGAACCCUGCCAGACCUGGAGAGCACCGACGAGGCCAUGAGGUUACUGAAGAGUCGAGUCAACAGUCACGAUCCUUUCUUCUUGGCUGUGGGCUUCCACAAACCACACAUACCUUUCAGGAUACCACAGGAGUACCUGAGUCUGUAUCCCCUCGAUAAAAUGACUCUGGCUCCAGACCCUGAUGUCCCUAAACUUCUGCCACCUGUAGCCUACAACCCCUGGAUGGAUGUCAGGAAGAGAGAGGAUGUCCAGAAACUCAACAUCAGCUUCCCUUAUGGACCGAUUCCUAAAGAUUUCCAGCUGCGUAUUCGUCAGCACUACUACGCUGCUGUGUCUUAUGUGGACUCUCAGGUCGGGCGGCUGCUCAGUGCUCUGGAUGAGCUGCAGCUGACCAACAGCACUGUGGUGGUGUUCACCUCUGAUCAUGGCUGGUCAUUAGGAGAGCAUGGGGAAUGGGCUAAAUACUCCAACUUUGAUGUGGCGACACGUGUCCCUCUGAUCUUCUUUGUUCCUGAUGUCACCACCAACCAUAAUCAGUGGAAAACAUCCACCUUCCCCUUUAUUGAUGUCUUUAUCCAGUCAGAUCACAGCUUCAGUAAUGACAAAGUUGUCAGAAACAUGGUGGAGCUGGUCGACGUGUUUCCUACAGUCUCCCACCUGGCUGGCCUCAGUGCACCUCGAUACUGUCCUGACGUUUCCUUCCAGAAGAAGCUCUGUACCGAAGGACAGGACCGAGCUUCCACCUUUACAUCCCGAGAAGGACGAAAGGAUGAAGAACGUAUAGCUUUUAGCCAAUACCCUCGACCUGCUGAUACACCACAGGUGAACUCUGACCUCCCCGACCUCAAAGACAUUACGGUCAUGGGUUACUCCCUGCGCACCUGGGACUACAGAUACACUCUGUGGCUGGGCUUCAACCCCAAAACAUUUCAGGUGAAUGUGUCUGAUGUGCACGGAGGAGAGCUGUACAUCCUGGAGGACGACCCCAGUCAGGACAACAACAUCUACAACAGCAUCUUUACUGACUCUGAUCACACCGUGGUGAUGAGGAAGAUGGCCAGUCUUCCUCCUACGGUGAGACUGCAGAUGAGAAUGAAGCUGCAGUUAUGCUACCUCACAGCAGGGAUGAAGACGAGUGGAGGGAAGGCGUGAUGAUGGGAAUGAAACACAACAGAUGGACAGCUGGGGACGAGUACAAAGGGAAGACGGAUGGAUGAAGAGGGAAAAAAAGGCUUGAAUGCUGCUUUUACUGUAAUCUGUACAUGUUUCAGUAUUAUAUUGUAUUCAUAUUAAAUGUUUUGGUUUUGUUUUCAGGCUAGAGUUCCUUAAGAACCUGUUUUUGGGCAGAUUGGGGUUCAACACAUAAGAAAAGGGAAUGAGGAAUCUGUUGUGCUUUUUCUUAGUAAACAUGUCACCCAGAGGAAUUCACACUUAGCAGAGACAUAGUAUUGAUUCAGAUUUAAAAGAAAUGUGCAGUUUUCCGUCUGCUAAACACAACUUCCAGCUCACCAUGAGGUCAUGUGGCAGAAGAGCAAUCCCACUUUUAGCAGUAGGCACAUUUCUGAUUAGCUGCUUUAGUUAAAGAACAGUCUUUUUUUUUUUUUUUUACACUUUUUUUGCUUCAUUCUUAAAGGUUUGAUAAAGAUCUGUAGCACACCAAUUUCUCCAAACUAAAUAGAACACUGGAAUCUGCAGGUGAUUAGAGCAGUUUAGCUUUAAAACAGGAGGAAACAUGUAGCCUGGCUCUGAUUAAAUGUAUCCUAAAUACAACACUUUAAAAUUCACUUAACAUAUAAAUAUUUAUACAUAUAUAUAUUACAUCUCAUUUGAUUUAAUAUAUAUGCAAAUACAUGUAAAUAUAACAAGUUUAGCUACAUAAAAAGUGUUACCUGGUAGUAGACACAUCAAAACAAGUGUAACAUCUGAACAUAGAGAAGAAUUUAGCUCAGGAAGAACCAGGUAUGCAGCUUCCCUUCAGUUGUUAUGCUAACUAUGCUAAUGCCAAAUCGGUCUACAUUUAACAUAUAAUCAGAAUCAGAAAAAAAUAUUUAUUCCUGAGGGACAAUUGGGCAUAAGAGGUAUCCAGAUCUUCUAAACACAGCCAUGUCUCCUGAAACUAACAUACCUGUAAAACUAAACUACAGAUUUAAGUUGGGAGAAAAAUGUUUCUUUCAAAUCAUAAAUCUGUAGUUGGAUAGGAAUGUAAUUUUUGGGAGAUGGUGUUGCCAAAAUAUUUAACUGUACCUUGAAUUGGCGCCACACAGGUGUCAAACUGAACCUGUGAUAUCUUUUCUGACCGCUGUAUUAUGAUGAACAGUGCGAUUUGCUGUACUGACUCCUAAUCGUCACAUCUUUAACUGUUUUCCUCUAAAAGAAUAUUGAACCUGAAGGGUGAGCUAAGGGUGACACCAGAUUCUCUUUGGAUCAGGUGUUCUGUUGAUUAUCCAGUUUGCUUUAGGGAGCCUUUAAGUUGUUUGCUCUCACUUCCAACUACAGCAGCUGAUUGGGAACUUCCACAAUUUUGUAGUGUAGCCUCAAACAAUACAUUUCUCCUGCACUUAAUGUGAUUUGCAUCUGUUUGCCUGCCUCCUUGUAAACCUUCACUUCAGAUCAGACCUGAAACGGAGUAAAAACCUCCCGCGAUGAUUUAACGUGAAUCAAACGGCUCCAUUUUACUGCUGUUCCAAUGCAUGAACAUUUUGUGCUGCUGUAAUUUAGAAGAAGGCCAAUUUUCAGCUGGAAUUUCAGGUCCAACAAUGAACUGAAGGGAUUUGGUCUGUGGGCUUUUAUUGUUGGCUGCACCGGCUUCACGUUAGUGGGAUCCAAAUGAAUCAUGUAGCAUCAGCAGGCUUCUGUCACAUGUCUGGAUGGAGAAGAAAUCCUACGGUGGAAUUGAAUCAGUUCAUUUUACCAUGUUUCCUUUUGUGCUGUAAUAUAUUUAACAUGUCGGGAAUAGCGAGUUUAAUCAGUACAGACACUGGCAACGUUAAAAAUGAGCUUAUCCUUGAGUUUAGUUGCAUCAGCGCGUUCUGAAUAUUCGAGCUUUCUUAAGGGAAAAUAAAUAUUGCAGAAAUAAUUCAAAUCUCAGGCUUGGCAAGGACACACUGUUAAUAUAUUUAUGUCUGUUUCGAUUGGUUUGUUUUAAAAAAAAUAAAGUAUUUUUGUUGAACGCGA